AUGAAUCAGAUGAACGUUGCGGGGAUGAAUCCCGGUGUCGGGGGUCCUGUGGGAGGCGUGCCCAUGGUCAAUAACGGCUCGAUGGCACCGCGUAACGAUGGCAGUAUGAACCCCGACAUAAUGAUCAACAAUCUUAACACUUAUAUAUACGACUAUUUCCUAAAACGUGGCUAUCACGACUGUGCGAGAGCGCUUGUGAAAGACGAGUUGGUCAAGCUCAACACUGAGCCUCCUAUCAAAACGAGUCCAGGCCAACGCAGGGAAGGCGAUAUGAACGGUGUUGAUGGUGAUGCGAUGAUGACUGAUGGUAAAGAUGGUGAGAAGCUGAAAAUUCCCGAUGACUUGCCUCGACCCAGCCUCGUUAGCGAAAGUCAACACACGUCUUUCCUCCUCGAGUGGUUUAGCUUGUUCUGGGAAUUUUUCUGGUCACAACGGAAGAAGGGACAUAGCGCCGAUGUGAGGCAAUAUCUCCAGCAUAAUCAGAACAUGAUGCGCCUCAGAGAACAGCAACAAAACCAGAUCUUUCGAAACCAGCAACAGAUGAUUCCAGGCCAGAUGGGGAGACUGAACAACAUGCGCGGAAAUGGGAUGAUGCCGGCCACCCUUCAGCAAAAGGCGAUGCAGAACAAUACUGGUGGAUUCUCGCAGCAACAGUUGGCGCAACUUCAGAAGAACCAACAGAUGCAAAUGAUGCAAAUGCAACGAGAGCAUUCCGACAUCGAUAUGAACGGACACCGACCGCAGUCUCCAUCAUCCGCCGAAAAUGCGCCGUCCCCGUCGAAGCGGCCUCGUCUUGAGGGUGGCCCUAUGAAUGGACAACAAUUGGUGCCCAACGGACGGGGUCAAGGGCAGGCCAUGCCUGGUCAACCGAACCCGGCAAUGUUGAUGCAGAAUGGGCUUACGCCACGGCCGAUGAAUCCGAAUCAAUUUGGUGCUUUUCAGCAGGCAAAUCCGGCUGCACAGCCGAAAUCAAUCCAGGGCAUGCCUAAUGGUUUAAUGAACCCCGGCGUCAUGCCGAAUCAGGCGGAUCUGGUACCAAUGCCAGAUGGCCAGGGUAUGUAUCCGAUGAAUGGCGACUUUUAUGGUGGCGCGAAUGGCCAAAUGGCGCAGGACUAUCAAAUGCAACUCAUGCUCCUCGAGCAGCAGAACAAACGCCGCCUCAUGAUGGCUCGUCAAGAACAGGACAGUAUGGCGCGCGGUCCCGAUGGCCAGCCGCUGCCUGGGCAGGGCCAGCAACAACCUGGGCAGCAAAUGCCCCCCGGUACCUCACCUCAGGGCAGUAGGACAGGAGCAUCACCCAAUCCCAACGAUCAGAUGAAGCGCGGCACCCCCAAGAUUGCGCAAUCAGGCCUCCCCGGAUCUCCAAGCGCUCCUGAUGCGAUGAUGCAGGGCCGUGGAUCCCCCAUGAACUUCACUGGCCAAAUGCCCCCCGAGAUGGCACCCCAGUUCUUCAUGAAGGGCAUGCCGGACAAUAUGCAAGGACCCAACGGCAUGCGGCCUCCCAGCUCCAACCCGGCGUUCACCGGACCCCAGAUGGGUCAACCGAUACCGGCUGGUGCGGCGAACCGCAUGCCUAAUGGAGCCUGGCAGCAACCUCAGCAAGGUGGUCAGCCUUUGAUGCCGCAGCAAUCUCCCGUUAUUCAGCCUCCAACAACCGGAACACCCCAGGCCGCGAAUUCGAUGCCACCUCCUCAAGCUCCGCCUACUGCCACCAAUAACCGCCAGCCACCGCCAUCUCCUCAGACUGGUGCAGCUGCUCCUCCGACACCGCAGCAGGGCACCAAACCUCCACCGAAAAAGAAAGAGCCCAAGGAUAGAGCAAAGCGACCUACCAAGAAGAACCAAGCGGCAGCGGCAGCGGCAGCCGCUAACACGGCAGCUACACCGUCCUCGGAGGCGGAGCACCCGCCAACUCCCACACCAUCCACACCCAUUACUCCUCAACAUCAACAAUCGUUUGGCAAGCAGGGUGGUGCCACAACUGGCGCACCGCAGCAGCCAACAUCCGCUCCUAUGCAACAGACUCUUGUGCAGCCUCCUCCUGACCAGGCUCAGCAGUCAUUCAACGAUCUUAGCAUUCCUGAUCCAUCUGCUUUCAGUCUUGAUUUCAGUGCGCUCGAAAACCCAGAUAUCCUCGAGAAUUUCGACUUUGACACGUUCCUCAACACAGACACGGACACAGCUGGCUUCGGGUUUGAUCCAAGCAUAUCAUACACCGACGGCGUUGAGACCGGCGCCGAAAAUGGCUUGUGA